UAGUAACUCAUCUCCGCAAGCAUCUAUUGUGGCCAGUUGUGGCCUCAAAAUGUUUGAACGAUAGCAAAACCGAUAGCGUUGUUCUAUUAGCUUAAAAGCGAGCAUCUAUCGUCAUUGCAACUCACUUUGUCUUACGCUCUUUAUCAUGGUUGGCAAUCCUGCUGGCGCCACUGCGCCAAAGACGCCUACUCACGGCGUUAAAUCUGAGCCCAAGCUCAACUCCACCCCACUUGCAGUUGGCUCUGCCGCUAUCAGCGAACAUAUUAGUGCUGUAGGCGUUGGCGUCCGAGAUGUUCAUCCAUGGAUCGCACGCGACGUUGAGGACUACAAGGAAUGCGCCGUCGAUAAAAUGCUGGCUGAGCUCCUUUACCGCUGCAAAGAUAACUCAAAACCACUUCCUGACAAGUCGACACUGCUUGAUGAUUCCCUCAAGGCCGUCCUGCCCAUCUGCAACGAGGGUAACGACGCUCAAAUCAUCAAGAACCAUCUGGUUACUCUUUUGGGCUGCCCAAAAGAGCCUCCUAUGUACGUGCCUUUUAUCAAAGCUGCAAACUGUGCGCUCGGUCGACUGAGCAACCUGGACGCGCCUGGACUGGUUCCUUAUAAGGCGCAAAAGGAUUCCGAGAACAUCUUAUUUCAUCUAAACGACCCAUCCCCUAUUUAUCAAACGUACCAAGGCAAAGAUUCCAAACGCUGUCCCGACGUCGUCGUCGUCUCCCAUGCAAUCGCCAAGGAGGUGGGGCAGAUUAACGCAAAGAAAAUUUACAAGGCGGGGUUGUGCAAGCCCACCCGCAGGUUCGAAUGGACGGAUGUUCGAACGACGGUGGAGUUCAAACAUACGAAGGCUGCCCGUACACCGCCGCCUGCGACUUACGCAGCGAAGACUUACGAUAUCUCUGAAGCGAAGAAGUUUAUGAAGUACCAGAGGGAAAAGGAAAAGAACGACUCUGCUAACGAACCUGAGCCAGGAGUUCCAGCGCCUUUGUCUGCUAGCGGUGCUGCUACGGGUUCGCGACAGACAUCGAAUGCGGCAGGACGCUCAAACCUAUCUGAGCCACCCAGUAACAAAGGAGAGAAGAAGCGUUCCUCUACUGGUCCAGCUGACGUCCGCAGCAGCAAGAAAGCCAAACUCGGAGUCGAUGAACCGAACGAGCCAAAGGAGCCUAUAAGACCUCCUCCUGUCGUGCAGAAUGGUUUGUACGCUGCGGAGAUGUUCGCGGCCCAUUUUGCACGGCGGAGCGUCAUCUCUUACAUUGUGGAGGACGACAUGAUUUACACGUGGUACUUUGAUCGGCAGGGCGCAAUUCAAUGCUCUGGCAUCAACUUCGUCCAGGACCUUCCCCGCUUCAUGGUUUUGCUGCUUGCUAUGCAGCGAAUGCCAUACGCAGAGUGGGGCUACCACACGCUACGUGAGCUUGAAAAUCCGGGCGAUAUUCGGGUCGAGGACGAAAAGAUCGGAGAGGUUGACCUCAAAUUCAAUCUGACGUCUAACAAGCGCACCACUCACUUUGGUCUGCGCGGACGUGCAACCACCAUGUUUCCUGUGGAAAGCAAGAAGUUGUCGGAUCUGGUACCGAACCUCCCUCACCAUAACCCUCAUAACCCCACCAAGGAGCUGGUUGCCAAACUCUAUUGGCCAGAGGAUGCGCGCGAGAGCGAGCCUGACAUUCUCAAGAAGGUGUAUAAGAUUGCGGAGACCGACGCGAGGGUGAAGCACCACGUCCCGGAAAUGGUGUGGUUCCAUAAGUUUGAGGAUACAUCCACGGCGAACAUCAGGAGCGCGCUUGGACUCCAGGACCCUAAACUUGGCAGGCGCAUCUUCUACAUCAUCGUGUUCAGAAGGCUUGAGCCGAUCACGGACUUGUGGGACACGCAGUUCCUCAGCACAUGGUGGCAUGCCGUCGUUUGCCAUUAUGCCCUCUGGGAAGGAUUUGUCUAUCAUCGCGACGUCAGCCCUAGCAAUCUCAUGGUCUACAAGACCUCAGAUGGUCGAUGGGUUGGCGUUCUCAACGACUUCGACUUAUCAUCGACUCAACAUAUUCCCUCGGGCCAGGAGCGCACAGGGACAGUACCUUUCAUGGCCAUGGAACUUCUCACAGAGGCAGCCAUCGAAGGCCAGGUCAAGCACCUGUAUCGGCAUGACGCUGAGUCAUUCAUAUGGGUCCUGGUCUUUGUCUGUCUUUGUUAUGAACGCGGCAUGUUCAUGGGCAAGGGCGCGCCGCUCAAUGCGUGGCUGAGAGUGGAUGCAGACGGAUGCCUCAAGGAAAAAACUAAAUUCUUCCUCUUUACUCGUAAAACCAUGAAACCCACGUCAUCGCACGAAGAUAACUGGAAAGUUGCGCGAGCUUGCCUUCGUCCUAUCCGCUCGUAUUAUAUGGAUCCGGACUCAGGCUCUGAGAGCUCUGAACCUGAACCUGCCGUGCUGACAGACGCCGAUGUAUUUGAGAAAUGGCUUGACAAAAAAAUACUCAAGGCAAAGACACGGUCACCGGAGCUCACGCGGCUCAUAGACGCCCACUUGUAAUCUAUGUACAUAAUAUAUAGAAGUUGUCACCUUUACACGCAUUUAGCGUGCAGAGUCCUUCGAGCAAUAUAAUAUGAAUAGCAGCCUCGAGCCCCCCAC